AUGAAAAUAUUUCCAAGCACCAUAAAGCAGGAAGAAGAAAUAUUAGAAAUAAUAUUAAAUGAGAGAGAAGAGAUCAUAAUAUAUGAUACAAUAUAUAAAAAGUAUACAUUAAAUAUGAUACAAUGUGUAGAAAUAUUUAUAGAAGAAUAUUCUACAAAUAAAUUUAUUACAUUCUUAAAGGAAUUAAGUAUAAUUAAAUAA